AUGGACGGUGUGGUGUUGGAAUUACCCAAUGAAUGCUUUACAUUUUCACGCACACCAACAUACCAGAUGACAAAAAAAUACAAGGGACCAAAUGUAGACUUUCGGUGUAAAAAGGGAAUUGCUCAAUUUGUACUGGUCUUGGAAGACAUUUUAUGGGGUGAAAGAGAAAAGCCAUGUCAUCAGGAUUACAAGUGUCCUGGAGUUGCAGAUGAUAUAGGAUUACAUGUAUUCUGCAGAUUAAAGCGAUGUUUACUUGAAGAGGGAACAAGUGAAAUAGCUGUACAAGACUAUCAGCAGAUUAUGCUCAUAGAAUUUUCAGAAAUACAAGAGCAAGGCAGAGUUCUUUGUGAAGAUCGCUUAAGUUUGAUUGAAACCUUGUGCCAGCUAGAGAUCCUUACAAGAUUUCUGACUUUAACUAUUGGGCUUCACCUUACCAUGAUAGGGAUGCUGAGGAGGUUGUGUGAAAAAACACUAGCCUUAAUACAUGGUGAUCUCCAUAAGGUUAAUGUCUCCUAUUUGCAUGAUAAUCCAUGAAACAUGAAACAAGAGGAAGGAGAUGUCGUAGCUUGGGGUAAUUAUUACGAACUACAUGGUUCGGUACAAAGUCAAAAUUAUAACUCUAUUUUACUUUUAUGCAUCAAGGCUUGCCGUGGUCAUUGUUAAGGAUAGAAAAGACUCGAAACUAUGUAAAUAUGAAGGAAAAAAACCUAUUUUAAUUCGUAGUAUAUGUGUAAGUUUCCUCAUUCAUAAGGGCUAAAAGCGGUAAAUAGCA